AUGGCAUCAAACAACAAAAAUGAUAAUUACGGUCAAUUUCCGAAUACUGGCAAAGAACACACUGUCAUUCUCCCAUUCAAUCAGAACACCAAUCCUUCAACCAAUACAGCCAGGCCAUCCGGUCCCUACCGAGAUAACACAUCUACGGAGAAGUCGUGGAAGCCAAGUUUUGAUCGCCAACAUAGCUGGAGUACCCAGGACCACAAGCAUCAGCUGCAAGAACGACUGCAUGGGUCGGAAAAGGGAAAGGAGAUGGGGUUCACAGAGGCACAUAGUGGGGAUUAG